AUGAUCAGCCAUUUUGCCAGGCAAGCUCCUUUUGGGUAUCGUCACCUAGCGCUCAAGCGAGGGGCAUAUUCACGUAUAACGUCCCGCUUUGCAACUUCCGCAAGUGAAUCCGAAAUCAGCAUACGUGCAAUGCUUGAAGACAAUCGUCGCGCCAUCAAAACCCCAAAACUUUUUGAAUCACCUGAAAGAGUACAUGCGCGAGAGGUUCUCCUUGUCGAUUUACUUAUCAAUUCACAAUCAUGCAGAACAAACGACGAGUUGCAAGAGUGGGAGGAUUUCCGAGAUCAACUGCAAUGCGGUACCAAAGGAAUAUCUCCAAGUACAAAAUCUGUCGGGGUGCGACAUACAGGGAGUAAGAGAACGAACAUUUUGUCAAAAAUAGAUACAGAUGAGACCUAUAGAGCAUUUUCUGCGAGCAGUGUAUCAGAGAUAGAGACGACAAAAUGUCCCUUGGACCCCCAAACAAAUUUGUCGAAUGUAUUCGUGAAUCCCGAAGAGAGGAACAAGGCCUAUGGAUUAUUCAAACACGCAUGUCAAGGACAAGGACUUAUGGAUGAGAGCGUCAGGAGCCAUACGUUCAAUUUGUUCAUGUAUGCGGAACUUGCUCGGCUAGCAAGUGCUAAUCAUUUAUUCAUUAUUGAUAUACUCAUUUUGCUUGCCAAAAUACUCCACAGGUAUUCUAUUAAGUCCACAUAUGCAACUUUUAUGAUCGCGCUUCAUCAUAUGAGGUCAUCAAGUGCUCGUAGACUCUUGAUUGGACACAUUCAAAGGUCAAGAGUGAAUUUGGAUUCAGACUCAAUAGGGCUGAUAUUAGCCAAAGAGGAUCUGCUGGGCGGAAAAAUUAGACAUCAGCAUUUGCUCAAAAAUGCCAACAGAUUUGACGAGGGAAGCUCUAAUUUCAUUCUAGCAUUUCUGUUAGAUGUUAGCCCGAAUUUAGCUGUGAAAUAUUUCAACAACCGGUAUGUAUUUGGCACAGAGCGAUCCAAAUUGAAUAGUUCGACCGUUGAAGUUUUUGUGGAUUUCUUUGUUCCACGAAAGAGAUACAAGGAACUCUUCAAUGUCUUCUUUUUCAUUGAAAGGCAUCUAGGACUGAGCAUGAACUACUUUCUAUUGCAUACACUUUCGGGAAUGAUAAUGGAAUGGUCUUCGUUUCCCGGCCAGCUUAUCACAGAACCCUUAUUACUUUAUUAUCACUAUCUUCGGACCAAACGAGGCUUCAAAAUACCGAAAGCACUUGUUGCCAGGGUAAACGAGAGGUUGAAACCUGACGGGGGAUACGAUAAAACCCGUGCUUCUGAUCUUAUCAAGAUUGUGGCUCAAUCGAACUCUUACCGUUUGACAAUAUAG